UUGCUUGGGAAGGAUCAAAGAGCCCAAGCUCUUGGAGGGGGAGGUGAGCGGAGAGCCCGGGCUGGGCUGAGGAGUCAGAACCGAUAGCCACAGCGAGCUCGGGAGGGAGGAGAGCCGGGAGCCGACCAGGGCCGCUCGAGGCGCGAGAAGGACACCCCUCCCUGCAGUCCUCCCGAGAGAAAAGCAGAUUUCAGCCCCGGGAGGGUGAGGGGGUGGCAAGAGAAAGCGAACGAGCCAACCACCACCAGCAAACCCACCUCCCCCCAUCCCCACCGGAGCCCUUCCUUCUCCUGGGCUUCCCCACUCCGCGCACUGCCCCGAGAGCAGCCAGGUGGCUGCGCUCUCCCCAGGGCUUGGGACGGGGCCGGGGAAGAGGGCAUGAGCCGGGAGGGGCCGCCCCGCGAGUGCCCCAUGUGCCCCCCCGGCUGGCAGCCUGAGCUGCUGCGGGCGUGAUUGAGGCGGGCCACGGACGGGAGACCCGAGAGAAGAGCAAAGGAGGCGGGCGGGCAGGCGGCGAGGGAGCCGAGCAGAGCCCAGCGGAUCCUGACGACGGCGCAGCGACGGCCCCGGGCUGGGCGCGUGCGCUCGCCUCCUCGCAGCCCCGGAGACCCAUGUAGGAGCCAGCCCAUGGCCGUGGCAAGUAGGAGUCGGCAGAGAUAAGGCGGCCCGGAGCUGAAGCUCGCCCAGGGGAGCGAGGAGCUGCGCCGGCGCGGGGGCUUUAUCCGGCAGGUACCAUGGGAGGAACCAUAGACUGCAGCUUCAUCCGGACUCUCAUCAACCGAUACUGUGCUGGGGAAGAGAAUUGGGUUGAUAGUAGGACCAUCUAUGUCGGACAUAAGGAACCCCCUCCAGGUGCUGAAGCCUACAUUCCACAGAAAUACCCAGACAAUAGAAUAGUCUCUUCUAAGUACACAUUUUGGAACUUCAUCCCCAAGAAUUUGUUUGAGCAGUUCAGAAGAAUAGCCAAUUUUUAUUUUCUUAUCAUCUUUCUGGUACAGUUAAUUAUUGAUACACCCACAAGUCCAGUCACAAGUGGACUUCCUUUGUUCUUUGUCAUUGCUGUCACUGCUAUCAAACAGGGCUAUGAAGACUGGCUUCGACAUAAAGCAGACAAUGCAAUGAACCAGUGCCCUGUCCAUUUUAUUCAGCAUGGCAAGCUUGUCCGAAAACAAAGCCGGAAAUUAAGAGUUGGAGAUAUUGUGAUGGUAAAAGAUGGUGAAACUUUUCCAUGUGACUUAAUAUUUCUUUCUAGUAGUAGAGAGGAUGGAACAUGUUAUGUUACAACAGCCAGCUUGGAUGGUGAAUCAAGUCAUAAAACCUAUUACGCAGUUCAAGAAACAAAGGGAUUUCAAACUGAAGAAGAUAUUGACAGUUUACAUGCUACUGUUGAAUGUGAACAACCUCAGCCUGACCUCUACAAAUUUGUUGGCCGUAUACAUGUUUACCAAGAGAGAAAUGACCCUAUUGUAAGGUCAUUAGGAUCAGAAAACCUGCUUCUUAGGGGAGCCACUCUAAAGAACACUGAGAAAAUCUUUGGUGUGGCUAUAUAUACUGGGAUGGAAACUAAGAUGGCAUUAAAUUACCAGUCAAAGUCACAAAAACGAUCUGUUGUAGAAAAAUCAAUGAAUGUAUUCCUUAUCGUAUACCUCUGCAUCCUAAUCAGUAAAGCACUGAUAAAUACUGUCCUGAAAUACGUGUGGCAGAGUGAUCCAUUUCGAGAUGAGCCUUGGUUUAAUCAAAAGACAGAAGCAGAGAGACAGAGGCACCUGUUUCUCAAAGCUUUCACGGACUUCCUGGCUUUUAUGGUACUUUUUAACUACAUUAUUCCAGUGUCCAUGUAUGUCACAGUUGAAAUGCAGAAAUUUCUUGGUUCCUAUUUUCUCACCUGGGAUGAAGAUAUGGUUGAUGAAGAAACCGGUGAAGGACCUCUAGUUAACACCUCCGAUCUAAUGAAGAAAUUAGGACAGGUGGAAUAUAUCUUCACAGAUAAGACUGGAACAUUGACAGAAAACAAUAUGGAAUUCAUAGAAUGUUGCAUUGAAGGCAAUGUGUAUGUGCCGCAUGUCAUUUGCAAUGGGCAAAUCCUCCCUGACUCUGGAGGCAUUGACAUGAUCGACUCUUCUCCGGGAGUGAGUGGAAAGGAGAGAGAAGAGCUGUUUUUCCGGGCUCUCUGUCUUUGCCACACAGUUCAGGUGAAGGAUGAUAUCGUUGUAGAUGGACAGAAAAAAUCACCUGAUUCAUCAAAAUCUUGCAUAUAUAUUUCAUCAUCACCAGAUGAAGUGGCAUUAGUUGAAGGCAUUCAGAGGCUUGGUUUCACAUACCUAAGGCUGAAAGACAAUUACAUGGAGAUAUUAAAUAGAGACAAUGAUAUUGAGAGGUAUGAAUUAUUAGAGACUCUGACUUUUGAUUCAGUGAGGAGAAGAAUGAGUGUGAUUGUCAAAUCUACUUCAGGGGACAUUUACCUAUUUUGUAAAGGAGCAGAUUCUUCAAUAUUUCCAAGAGUAACAGAAGGCAAAGUAGAUCAAGUACGAUCCAGAGUGGAACGCAAUGCAGUGGAAGGACUGCGAACUCUGUGUGUUGCCUAUAAAAAACUUACCCAGGAAGAAUAUGAUGAGGUUUGUGAACUUCUACACACAGCAAGAGUGGCACUUCAAGAGCGAGAAAAGAAAUUGUUUGAGGCAUAUGAGCACAUUGAGACAAACCUUAUUCUGCUUGGUGCUACAGCUGUUGAGGACCGCCUCCAGGAGAAAGCUGCAGACACCAUUGAAGCCCUUCAGAAAGCAGGCAUCAAAGUCUGGGUUCUGACAGGGGACAAGAUGGAGACAGCAGCAGCCACCUGCUAUGCCUGCAAGCUUUUCAGGAGAAACACCCAACUGCUUGAGCUGACCACGAAGAAGAUUGAAGAGCAGAGCCUGCACGACGUGCUCUUUGAGCUGAGUAAGACCGUCCUGCGCUACAGUGGCAGUAUGACCAGGGACAGUUUCUCAGGACUUUCCAGUGAUAUGCAAGACUUUGGCUUGAUUAUUGAUGGAGCUGCAUUGUCACUCAUAAUGAAGCCCCGACCAAACUGGGAGCUCCGGAAAACUAACCGAGAGCUCUUCCUGGUCUGCAGGAACUGCAGUGCCGUGCUGUGCUGUCGGAUGGCCCUCUGCAGAAGGACCCAGAUCGUUAAAUUGAUUAAACUUUCCAAGGAGCACCCUAUUACUCUAGCCAUUGGGGAUGGCGCAAAUGAUGUCAGCAUGAUUCUCGAAGCGCAUGUGGGCAUAGGUGUCAUUGGAAAGGAAGGGCGUCAAGCUGCAAGGAACAGUGACUAUGCAAUCCCGAAAUUUAAACACUUAAAGAAGAUGCUCCUUGUCCAUGGACAUUUUUAUUAUAUUAGGAUAUCUGAACUUGUGCAAUACUUCUUUUAUAAGAAUGUCUGCUUCAUUUUCCCUCAGUUUUUAUACCAGUUCUUCUGUGGAUUUUCACAACAGCCUUUAUAUGAUACUGCGUAUCUCACCCUGUACAAUAUCAGUUUCACUUCCCUUCCCAUCCUCAUGUACAGCCUGAUGGAGCAGCAUGUCACCAGUGAUAUGCUCAAGAGAGACCCUUCCCUGUACAGGGAUAUUGCCAAGAAUGCUCUACUCCGCUGGCGAGUAUUCAUUUACUGGACAUUCUUGGGCGUAUUUGAUGCUCUGGUAUUUUUCUUUGGUGCUUAUUUGAUGCUUGAAAAUACGACAAUGACCAUCAAUGGACAGGUAUUUGGAAACUGGACCUUUGGAACGUUGGUGUUCACUGUGUUGGUAUUUACGGUUACACUAAAGCUUGCCCUCGAUACACACUACUGGACUUGGAUAAAUCAUUUUGUUAUUUGGGGAUCCCUGAUUUUCUACAUUGUCUUUUCUCUACUCUGGGGAGGAAUUAUCUGGGCCUUUCUCAGUUAUCAGAGGAUGUACUUUGUGUUCAUUCAUAUGCUCUCUAGUGGUCCUGCAUGGAUGGGCAUCAUUCUGUUAAUAGUUGUCAGCCUUCUUCCAGAUGUUCUCAAAAAGGUUCUAUGUAGGCAGUUGUGGCCUACAGCAACAGAAAGAACUCAGAAUUCUUCAAGGCAAUGUCAGGACCAUAUUUCAGAAUUCACCCCUCUCGCGUCUCUACCAAGUCCAAGCUAUCAAAGCAAUGAGCUCACCAGUUCUCCCCCGGCCACAAGGUCUCAUUCUCAUUCUAAAAAAGUGAUGCUGACAUACUGGAGCAGUCAGGAUUAUUCAGUCCUUCCACUUGGGUUUAAUUUUUCCAAUAACUGUUGCAAGUCCAGUGCAAGACACUGCUACCAUGGGUCAGGUUUGGAAACGCCCGUAUGACAGAUCACCAAUUCAAGCCUUUAAAGAACUGCAUUUUUGAAUGUGUAUGUAUGUGUGGGAGCGUGCAUGCGUGUAUGUGUGUGUGUGUGUGUGUGUGUGUGUGUGUGUGUGUGUAUUUUGUUUCCAGAAGAAGGAACAAAUACAUAAUAAAAUUUAAACUAAGAAGUACUUGGCUCUCAACUGUCUGGAGUAAUAAUUAGGCAGACAGAACCAAGAGCCUGAAGUUUAUGUCCUUCCAGGCCUGAUGUGGCCUCUUCAAAAACAUUUUUUUGAACUGCUAAAGCAAUGAACAUCUUACACAGUCUGGUACUGUGAGACUGGUAGCACUUAGAAGUCCCCUUGUUCUGUGUUAAAAGUUUUGAGUUUUUCUUUUUCUUUUUUGCACAUACAUUGCUUGCUUCUAUCGUCUUCAGUCACUUGCUAUUACUUGAAGUGGAUAGUUUCAGUGAAUGACCUACAUUUUGAUAUCAACAGUUCAGUUUUGAGCCAGAAGCUAUGACCUCAGAUAUCUCCAGCGACAGUCACUUCAUGCAUUUCACGGCUGUUUCUGAUACUUCUCCUCGUCCUUCUUCUUCCUAGGCUCUCCCAACCAGUUUUCCUCCUGCGCUUUGUCUGUAAACAAACUGAUGUUGCCUCUAUGAUCAUCUCUUGUCAGGAAACGCUUUUCUAAUGCUCAUAUUUCCAUAAGUGGCCAAAUGAGGCACCUGUGUGGUCAUGUAUAUCGGUGUUCCUAGUAGAAAAAAGAGACCCCAUUUUUAUGUUUGCCCCUCCAGAGGGGAAGCUGGUUGUCAUAGGUAGUCCCAGCAUUUUGCAUGUCAAAGUCCAAGUCACUUGUGCUGAAUGUGCUAUUUUAUCACAGUGUGUCCUAGAAAAGUUAGAGGAAAUUCAGUUCGUUUUUACUCCCUUCCCAUCACCUCGCUGCCUCCAUGGAGAAAAGUGUUUCUGUGUGUGAUUGUGUGAAUGAAUGUACUCGGUACAAAUUAGGAAAUACUAAUAAUAUCUUAGCUUUUCCUCUGAGAUAGUGUUUUGCCAGACUUCAAAGGAUGGAGUUUCUUGGUUCCCUGUUAUUAGAAAUGUUUAUUCCAGGGGCUUUAAAAAAGGGGGGGUAUUAUUUUAGGACAAUUACUAGGGGGCUUUAGCACAAAUGAUUGACUGUAAUGUCAUUCUACAGCACCCUAUGUUGUAAUGAAAAGGGAAGUCGGGAAUCUAGUUUUCUGAGACAUAGCUACCAAGUGGCAAUUGUGUUUCAAAAUGGACUUAAAACUUAUUUCAGAUUGAAAGGACACAGUUACAAGAUAGCCUUUCAAUUUUUAAAAGCAAUACAGCCAGCUUGUACUUCUUCCACAGCUCUCUAGUGUUUACCAAACCUUGGGCUAAUUUUACAACUAGGUGUGUCCUUUGUCUUGGGAUUUUGUCCAGUGUUCUGUUUGGAAGGUGUAAAUGACUGAAAGAUUGCUUUCAAAGUCCUCAUUAUUUUUACAUACCCAGUGUUUGUUUAUGUGAGCACUCUCCAUGACAUAUUUGAAUGAUCAUAAAGUUAGCAUAUUUCAAUUUGAGAGUCAAACAUAAACAGUGAAGGCUUACUCCUCUUUAGAAAAGCCUCAUCCAAGGACCACACAUAAAUAACUUUACCCACUACCAGAACGCCUAGCGUGAUAAUCAGAAAAUGACAUGUGUGGAAAUCAACACUAAGAGCUUGUUCUUAGACAUUUAACGUUAGGCUUAUGAGCGUUCAAGGUUAGUCAUUUGAGAGCAGAGGGUUUCACCAAUAAAAUAUUUAUUUGAAUUAUAGAUAUUUUUUCCUAAACAGAGCACUAAUGACAAUUGGUGAAUUAUUUUAAAGUCGUUGGGAUGUUUUAAUGAAUUAUGAGCACUUAUCAUACCAAAGAUUAGGUCGAAUAAAGUCUGACUGUCAACAAGAAGUCAUUUUAUUACCCUGGAGACUAAGAAGCGUAGCAUUUUUAGCUUGAAGAUCUAAUGUUAGCGCUUCAACUAGAACCCUUUCAGUUUCAAGUAAUAUCAUCCUGUCAUGAGUUCUAGCAGUAUUAUGAACUUAGUCAUUGCCUCCUUGGAUGUCACACUCGGAAUCAUACCGUUCAUAAACACUGGUGUAUGUAUUUUUUAAAAAAUUUUUUUAAAACCUAAUAUGGGUAUAAAUGUAAUACCUGUAGUGGUGACAAAUUUCCUGUGCAUUUAGUUAACAAAUUAUUUGUAAUGUAUUUUUUUAGAAAUCUUAAAAUUGCCUUUGCACUGAAAUAUUUUUCAUAGCUGUUUAUAUAUCUCUUUUAUGCAUUCAUUUGUUAACACACCAUUUCUAAUUUUUUAAGUAUGUUUUGAAAAGUUUUUUAAUUUUAUGGGUUUUGGCCACUUUACAUUUAAAUUUUGCUGAUAGUUGUGACUGAAUGUUUAAAAAUCUGAUGAAUGUGAAAAUUUCAGAUUCGAUUUCUUCCUUUCUCUUUCUCCUAAACUAUUGCUGUUUCUGAUGGUAGUAAUUAAUGUAAGGCACAUCUCCAAAUGGUAGUUUGCUAAGUUUUUUCAUCUUAAUCCUUUGUAACUUCAUCCUCUCUUAGUUUUUUUUUUUUCUCAUUUCCAUCCUUUAGCCUUAAAAAAGAAAAUUUUUGCUUGGUGAUUGAAUAUGCUGGAUUCCUGCUCUGCCUACUACUAACCAAAAGUUUACUAGAUCCUUCUGACAAUUUAACUCUUUCAUUGAAAAUCACUUAAACUUUACAGAGUCAAAAAUGUGUUUUAGAAAAUAGCCUGAAGAAUUGUUAAAUGGAUGUGCCUAGGUAUUUUAAAUAGACUAUGGGGGUGGGAAGAGAUGCAGAUGUUUGGUCAGGGACAAUGAAAUGGAAAAAAAGAGGACCCCAUUGAAAUGACAUUUUUACAUCUGAUUUAAUAGCAGAUUCUUUAUUUUAACUAGUUCUUAUCAUAUUUGCCUUAUAGUGUUGCAGAUUAUAAGAAUCUGCUCCAGGCCCUUGGAUUUAAAAAUCCUGUUUACUGCAUCAGAUAUUAUGCAGAGAUAAUUAGGAAUCUAUAGUUUCACCAAUGCAUUGAACUGCUGGAGUGAGGAGUCCAGUCACCAAAGCUAAUCACAACCGGUCUGAGACUCCAAAAUUAAAUCCUAAGGAGUUACUUGAGGCACAUAGCAAUUAAAUGACUUUUCCAGGGGUAAGGAACAAGUUUCUUGUCAGAAGCAGGAAUUGAACCCUGGUCUUUCUGUCUCAAAGCCCAGGAUUCUCUCUAAUAUGGCACAAUACUUCUGUGUGUCAGAUAGUAAUAAGUGACAGUUAUGAUUUACCAUGCAAACUUUACUGCUCCCACUCCCUUUCCUUAGAAGCUUUGCCUUUUAAUAUACCAAUACAUGAUUGAUCUUGUCUGGACUUCCAUCCCCCUAUGACUUCCAACUCCAUGGCAACUCCUGCCUAUGCACGAAUGCACGCACACACAUACAUGUAUACAUACAUGCACAUAACCACACUCCUUCCUUGAGCCCUCAUCCUCCCGCCCUUUUUCCUGAGGUACGUGCAGACUUCAUUCCCCUCCCUCCAGUAGAAGUCUCCACCCACCUCUGGGAAGAUAAAAUCCCAUCUUCAUUCAGCUGAUAGGCUCUCUCUUGGCAAAGGCAUUCUAGCAUACCUUUCUCCAGUAGGCAGACUGGUUAGGCAGCAGAACAAAAAAUGUCUUUACUGAUAAGUGUAAAGACUUCCCUAGACAGAGAGCCUUCUCCCUCAGGAAAACUCCACCUAAAAUACCUGAAUCUCUGCUCACUGCCCUUCAAUUAAGUGAGCUCUCGGCAGCUAGGUGGCGCAGUGGAUAGAGCACCGGCCCUGGAGUCAGGAAGACCUGAGUUCAAAUCCGGCCUCAGACCAUUUAACACUUAGUAGCUGUGUGAACCUGGGCAGGUCACUUAACCCCAAUUGCCUCACUUAAAAAAAAAAAUAAGCGAGCUCUCAGGGGGCCAAGAAGGGGAGAUAGGGCUUCCAAAGAAGACAUUCCCUGGUGCCCUCUGGGGGAGGCUGGGCUGCCCGCUGUUUGGUGGAGGAAUAGCCUCAUUCCAGAAAUCAUCUGGAAUAAGGAAGUUCUCUCUGUGUCCAUCCCGAUUUCAAGAAAUAACACAAAAGUUCCCAACAUAUUUGACUCAGUGGAGUGAACAAGGCAGACCAGAUAAGGAUGAAGUACAAGAGUUGUAUCUCACACUGGACAUUGACAUGCAUUAGAACUCAUGUCCACAAAUUGGAUGUACAGUUUAUCUGGGAUAGAUUUGGGGGGAAGAAGCAUGUUGGAGAGGGGAGGAGAAUGACAGAUUUUGUAUCACUUCCUAGCUUGCCUUGAUUAAAUUGUUACAGCUUUAACAAAAAUGUUUCAUACAUGCUGUUAGAACCGUUUUAAAUAGACAUCAACCAAAUGUUCUGUGAAAGCUGAAGUAUUUCAAGCUUUGUCUUUUUCUUAACCACUGAACUUUUAUGUAUUUCUGCACUGGUUAGUAGGAAAUGAUUACCAUUGUUUUAUCAUUAAGAUUAUUUAUUUGACACAUAAUACGAAGGCUUGGAUCUUACUUUCUUGCAUUACUCAUUUUUCUGGUUGUCACCCAUUUGUCUGGAUCCCAUUGGUAUGCAACUUUCAAACAGGGAGAACAAUGUCGGUGAGCCACUACAGUCUUUUUUUUUUUUCUUCUUUGGGAAAGCCAGGGUUUAGGGGAAUGGGGGACAAGAAUCAUUCUGAUAAUGUGUCUAUAAACAAAGCUUUAAUGGAAACUUGUUGGAAGUAUUAUAAAAGUGUGAUUCUACUUUUGCAGAAAAAAAAUCUAAAGAUCAGUUUAUAUAGCUUUAUUUUUUACUUUAUCAAAAUAUACAGAAUUUUAAUAUACUGUACAUUGUCUCUGACUGAAAUUAUUAUGUGUGUAUAUGCAUUGCCAUUGAAAAUAUCCAUUCAUUAUGUAAUAUAAAGGCAAAUCUUCCAAAAAAUGCCAUUGGAGGAAAAAAUAGUUACCACUGUAUUUAACAUAAAUGGUAUCUGUAGUUGUCAUCAUCAUGAAAUAUUGGAAUUUCUUUUUUAAUUGUUAAAUUCAAUAGGUGCAUUUAACAGACAAUAAAUCAGCCUUUAAACAGUAAUGUUUAAUUGAUAACACUUCAUUAACCUGCUCUGAAAAGUCACACUGUGGACUCAAAUAAUUCCUACAUUUCUGUAAAAUUUAUUUUGUAUGCUGCUGUUUUUAUCUUUCAUUUCUGAAGAUAUCAAAAUAUGACCUGUUAAAAUUCAGUUUGGGGACUUUUCUGUAGAUCAGAUAAGCAGGAAAUCAGACUCUGCUUGCAAUAAAAAAGAUGGCUGGUUUAGUUUCUUCACCAACAAAUAAAAUCUCACAAAGGGUGACUUUGCCAAUUUCUGUUAAGUUAUA